UACCCGGUUGUAUGUAAUGGGUGAUCUAGACUUUACCCUUCUUGUUAAUGGAAAAGGAAUUGAAGCGGACACGUCUCAUCAAUUGAACUCUACGAACGCUGACGCAACGCAAGCAGUGCCGUCUCGACUCACUUUCCUCUUCCAUUUCAAAAACAAAAGCAGUUGUCCCCGUUCCAGUUCCCAUUGGUUAAUGGGAACAUUGAAUGAUCGAUCAAUUCUUUUUUAGUAUUUAUUUAGAGUUCAAAUUCUCCAGAGAGAAAAAGAAAAAGAAAAAGAAAAAAAACAACUAUGGCUUCUACAGAUGGUCUGGUCCCAAUAACCAGGGCUUAUCUCGCUUCUUAUUACGACAAAUACCCAUUUUCACCUCUCUCUGAUGACGUCUCUCGCAUUUCCUCUCAGAUUCGUUCUUCCGCUAACGAUUUGCUCAACCACCUUCCUCCCACUCAAGAUGAAAGCUUGUUGGUACAUGAAGCAGACCGUGAGCCUCCCCAUAAAAUCGAUGAGAACAUGUGGAAGAAUCGAGAACAUAUGGAAGAAACGCUUUUUUUACUUGAAACUUCUAAUUGGCCAGCAGUGCUUCAGCAGCAGUCCACACCGGAUGAUGUUGAGUUUGCGACUGUUUUCAGUCAGCUCAAAGAUAAAAUUCAAAACACUUUGAAGAUUUUGGAGUUUUUCCAACAUAAGAAUUCUGAUCGUGUGUUCGAUACUGUUAUGACCUAUAUGCCUCAAGAUUUUCGGGGAACACUUAUUAGACAACAGCGGGAGCGCUCAGAGAGGAAUAAACAAGCAGAGGUUGAUGCUUUGGUAAAUUCUGGUGGAAGUAUACGCGAUAGAUAUGCUCUUUUGUGGAAGCAACAGAUGGAAAGGAGGAGACAGUUAGCUCAACUUGGUUCGGCCACGGGUGUCUACAAAACCCUUGUGAAGUACUUGGUUGGAGUUCCACAGGUUUUGCUAGAUUUUCUUCAGCAAAUUAAUGAUGAUGACGGGCCCAUGGAAGAGCAACGGCAACGUUAUGGGCCGCCUUUGUACAGUCUUACAACAAUGGUUAUCUCUAUUCGUCUCUUUCUUUUGGUAUUAUGGGGGCGGUUUGAUGCAGGAAAUUCAAAGAGGCAACAGGUAGCUGUCUUGGAAAAAGCUAUUGAUGUCUAUACAUCCGAGUUUGAAAGGUUCAUCAAAUUUAUGGGUGAGGUCUUUGCAAAUUCUCCCUUCUUAGUAUCAGCAGAGGUUGCCGGUGCAUUAGAAGCAGGGAAAGGCGAUGACUACAAAGAAAUAAGUGUUCCAGCUGGAAGAACUCAUGAGGUUUGUUUUCAAAUUGUGAACUCUUUUAUGAAGAGGUUAUGUAGAAAGAUAUUUACGGUUCCUUUGUAUAUAUUUGAGGUACUCUAACCUUUUGAGAGAGUC